AUGGCCGGUCCUCACUACGACUUCCUUAUUAAGCUCCUCCUCAUCGGCGACUCGGGUGUCGGCAAGUCGUGUCUGCUCCUGCGCUUCUGCGACGACUCGUGGACCCCUUCGUUCAUCACUACCAUUGGCAUCGACUUCAAGAUUCGGACGAUUGAGCUCGAUGGCAAGCGCAUCAAGCUCCAGAUUUGGGACACGGCCGGCCAGGAGCGUUUCCGCACCAUUACGACCGCAUACUACCGCGGUGCGAUGGGUAUCCUGAUCGUGUACGAUGUGACCGACGAGAAGAGCUUCAACAACGUCCGCACCUGGCACGCGCAGAUCGAGCAGCACGCGUCGCCUGGGGUCAACAAGAUCCUCGUGGGCAACAAGUGCGACUGGCACGAGAAACGCGCCGUCUCGCUCGAGCAGGGCAAGGAGCUCGCCGAUGAGUUUGGGCUGCGCUUCAUCGAGACGAGUGCCAAGGCGAACGAGGGCGUCGAGGACGCCUUCUUUACCCUUGCUAGAGACAUCAAGACACGCCUCAUCGAUUCGCAGCCCCAAGCAGAGCAGCCCACCGCGCCCAGCGGCGGCGUCAACGUCAAGGACAAGCAGCCUGCGAGCAACCAGGGCGGCUGCUGCUAA